AUGUUGCUCAACACCCUCCGCACCAAGGCGCGGGCGAACGGCUCGUCGCAAGCGUCAAGUGGUGGCGCGUCCAGUGGCGCCAAGAAGCAGCGCUCCAUCCACGACUUUUUCUCGCAGUCGUCGGCCGCCCACAAGCGCGUAGGCAAGUUGCGCAAGGCUCGGCGGUCUCUGGAGGCGUCAGCCAAGGGCAACAGCUUCAGCUCCGCAGCAAUGGACGAUGGGGAGGAAGAGUCUGUGUCCAUACAAAAGCGCAUCGAUUACGACGUGAUGGACGACGAGAGUAGCGAGGAUCCGAUGCUCUUAGCGUCACAGAACAGUGACAACGGCGCGCGCAGGCCCAAACCCAAGAAAAUCGACUUUACGGGCUGCUCAAGUCAGCGCAGCGAGCCAGACUUUGAGCCCACACACACGCCUGUGCGCUUCGGUCUGCCACCCACCAGUCAGGGCUAUUACACGCCCGGAAUGGCCACGCCCAUGCAACAGUACAGCCAGGACGACAUGGACUUCCUCACUCCUCGCGAUCAACCGGUUAUCCCACUGUCGAACCCGACAACACCGUCACCGUUGAAAAAACGACCUAGACUCAGUAGUGGAGCAGACAUUGUUCAGGAGGAACAGGUGCAAAACCUCACACAGGACAUGACCCACAUGGAAGUGAGGCACGCACGGAAAGGGUUGCCGUCUUUUUCCAGUCAAUCGUCCAUGGGAUCGCCAAAGGUCAACGUGGUGGUCAAUGGCAAGAGAGCGAGACCCAAUAGUGAACAAGCGACGUCCUUCUUGUCCGAAGAUAGUUAUGUGAACCCGUUUGCACCGGAGCCGACGACGGAGUCUGGGAAGAAGAAGAUAUCUAGACGCAAACGACGGUCUUUCCCGUCGGCGUGGGUCGGAGCGAAGAGUGGAUCGCCGGUGUCCAAGUAUCUGUCGGAUUUUUCAGAACUGGGGGUACGAAUUGUCUCGCUGCAGACGUUUACUAUUGUCUACAAGUGUAUCAAGAAAAUCGAUGGCUGGAUAUACGCGGUGAAGAAGAGCAAGCGGCACUUUCGGGGCAAAGCAGACACUGAGCGAGCACUACGCGAAGUGCAGGCACUAGCGGCGCUGAGCAGUAGCAACCACGUGGUUCGGUACUUUGACGCGUGGAUAGAAGACGAUUUGCUCUACAUCCAGCUCGAAAGCCUAGAGGGCUGCUCGCUGGCUGGCUUCGUCAACAAGUAUGCACCACACAAGGUUCCGGAAGAAACGCUGUGCAAGCUCUUGUGUCACAUUGCGCAGGCUCUCUAUGACAUGCACAGUAAGAAGAUGGUCCACAUGGACGUCAAACUGCAGAAUGUUCUUGUUGGAUCAGGAGAAGUGUACAAGUUGGGCGACUUGGGAACUGUUGCUCAUCUUGACGGCAGCAUGGAAAUCACAGAGGGCGACAAUCGAUAUCUUAGUCGGGAACUACUCGAAGGCAAUCGGAAUAAUUUACGCGCCGGUGAUAUCUUCGCUCUGGGAGCCACAAUCUAUGAGCUCGCGCUCGGAACGACGCUGGCGAGUGGCGGUGAAGAAUGGCAGAAGAUCCGCGACGGAGACCUCGUCAUGUUCCGACAAUACUCCAACUCGUUGCAGCACCUGAUUGCUAGUAUGAUGCACCCAGACGCACUGCAGCGGCCUCUCGCCGAAGAUAUCUUGCAGCACGAGGUGGUGCUGCCCUUCCGUUAA